UGCCUGCGGAGCACAGGAGCACAGUUCACAGAGCACGGCUCCCAUUAGCUGUUACCACAUGGAACUGGGGUGAAACCGUGCUCCCUAAUUUUAUACAUUGGUAACAUUUGGGAAACAGGACGCAGGGGGUCAAAAUGAAAGCUCUCAUCUUUGCAGCUGCUGGAGCCAUGCUUCUGUCACCCACGUUCUGUCAGAGCGGUAUGGAAAAUGAUGCAGAUGACUUGGCAGAGCCAACACUUUCUAUUAAGACCUUUCGUGGAGCUCCCACAGAUGUUUUUGAAGAGUUCCCCCUUUCUGCCAUCGAAGGCUGGACAGGAAGCACAACUGUAAAAAUAAAGUGCCCUGAAGAAAGUGUUUCAAAUCUCCAUGUGAAUAAUGCUACCAUGGGGUAUCUGAGAAGCUCCUUAAGUACCAAACUGAUACCUGCCAUCUACAUCCUGGUGUUCGCAGUGGGUGUGCCAGCCAACGCUGUGACCUUGUGGAUGCUCUUCUUCAGGACCAGAUCCAUCUGUACGACCACCUUCUAUAUCAACCUGGCCACUGCAGACUUUCUUUUCUGUGCCACACUGCCCUUUAAAAUAGCUUACCAUCUCAAUGGAAACAACUGGGUAUUUGGAGAGGUCAUGUGCCGGGCCACCACAGUCAUCUUUUAUGGCAACAUGUACUGCUCCAUUCUGAUCCUCGCCUGCAUCAGCAUCAGCCGCUAUCUAGCCAUUGUCCAUCCUUUUACUUACCGGAGGCUGCCCAAGCGCACCUAUGCCUUGGUAACAUGUGGAUUGGUGUGGGCAACAGUUUUCUUGUACAUGCUGCCAUUUUUCAUUCUGAAGCAAGAGUAUUAUCUUGUCCACAGGGACAUCACCACCUGCCAUGAUGUCCACAACGCAUGCGAGUCUUCAUCUCUCUUCCAACUCUACUACUUCAUCUCCUUGGCAUUCUUUGGAUUCUUAAUUCCAUUUGUGGUCAUUAUCUACUGCUACACAGUCAUCAUUCGGACUCUUAAUGCAUAUGAUCACAGGUGGUUGUGGUAUGUUAAGACGAGUCUCCUCAUUCUUGUGAUUUUUACCAUUUGCUUUGCUCCCAGCAAUAUUAUACUUAUUAUUCACCAUGCCAACUACUACUACAACACCGACGGCUUAUACUUUAUCUAUCUCAUAGCUUUGUGCCUUGGUAGUCUGAAUAGUUGCUUAGAUCCAUUCCUUUAUUUUCUCAUGUCAAAAAUCACAGAUCAGUCCACAGCUUAUCUCACAAUAGUGAAAUCACCUUAGAGAACAAUGGAAGCUACCUGUGAAAACACACAUGCUUGGGACCACAUGUGCGUUAAGUGCAAGGAGCUCCAUUCUCUAGCUCCCUUUAGAAGCUCCGAAGAUACAGUGCUUCAAAAACAACACUAUCAAUAUUUUAAGAACACCAAUGCAGGAGAAAAGAUAUCACCACUCUCUUUAUGGCAGUAGAUACAUUUACCUGACUGGCACGUUAAGCUC